AUGGCAUUGGAUAUCACAAGAGAAAGAUUUUUGGUAAGAGCUGGCAAGCAAUUGAAAAAGCUACCUUAUAAGGAAGAAUGGGGAGAAGAUCUCGAGAAGGUUUCUUUGAUAAGGAAUUCCAUAUCAAAAAUUCCUCAAAAUAUGCAGUAUCCAAAAUGUCAAAAGCUCACAACUUUGUUACUCUCAAACAAUUCUUUGAGAGAAAUUUCAGAAUCUUUUUUUGAAUACAUACCUAAUCUUAAGAUUCUUGAUCUUUCUAAGAAUCUUAUUCAGAAGUUGCCUAAUUCUAUCUCCAAUUUAAAGAAGCUCACAACGUUGCUGCUUUGUGAUUGCAUGGCAUUAGAGAAUGUACCGUCUCUAUCUAAGCUUCAAGUUUUGAAGAAAUUGAAUCUUGCAGGUACACUGAUGAAGAAAAUCCCUCAAGCAACAUCAAGAGCAGAAGAGAUGAAGACAUUGAACAAGUUGGAGGUUUUAGAAGUUUGCUUCAAUGACAUGCAUGACCUGAGCGUGUAUGCUGCUCAAAGAAAAAGGCCUAACGAUUACAAUAUUUUUCUGGGGCGCAACUUGAUGGAAAUUGGUUUCGAUAGUGUUGAAAUUAGUAAGUCUGUUACGAUUAACUGUUUCAAUGUGAAAAUUAAAAAUUCAAUUAUACUUCCAUCUGAUAUUCAAGGACUACGUCUAAGAGGCUGUGAAUGCAACGGAUCAAGUUUUAGCGAUAUUAUUGGAUCAGAAGGUGUAACUGAUUUGAAGAAAUGUACAGUUGAUAGUUGCAAUGGGUUGGAGUCCAUAUUUUCCUCACGAUGUGCAUCACUCCAGACGAUUGAGAUUCUUUUACUAGAAUAUUUGUGGAAUUUCAAAAUCAUUGUUGGAGAGUCAAUGCCACCAGAGCCUGGCACCUUUUCCAAUCUCCAAAGCAUUUAUAUAAGAGGGUGUGCAAAAUUAAAGAAUUUGUUUUCAGCAAAGUGGGUUCUCCAGAAUCUCCACAACUUGGAAGAGAUUUAUGUUUGGGGCUGUGAAGAAAUGGAGGAAAUAAUAGCAUCGGAGAAAGAAGGAAUAAGCACAGAUAACAAUGUCAUGUUUACUCUUCCCAAAUUAAAGAAAUUGAAAUUGAGUUAUCUGCCAGAAUUGAAGAGCAUUUGCAGAACAAAUGAAGUAAUGGAUUGUGAUUCUCUCCAACAGAUUGUGAUAUUGGAUUGCCCAAAGCUAAAGAGGAUCCCUUUACAUCUUCCCCUGCUUGAGCUUGACAAUAGUCAACCAUCUCCUCCUCCUUCUACCUUUCCUCAAGUUCUGAGAUGA